ACAGGAAGUCAGGAAAGAAACAAAAACAUUGUUUCCUUGCAACAAUCAAAGAUUAAAGAAUGAGAAAAGCUGUUAACUUCAAAUUGAUCACUUCAAGGCAACGUAAGAUUCAUCGCUGCACCUUGUACUGUUUUCAAUUCUGACAAAAACUUACCCUCUUUGUUUUCUCCAGCAAAACAUAGCUUUCAGAUACAAUCUUUUAUUUUCUCUCUCAUUUUCCAGUUUUCCAAUGCACAAUUUCAGAUUGGCUCUGGCUUGGAGUUUCUGAGGGUGCAAAAAUAUGGGCGAGAUUGAUGACAAACCUAUUGAACCUGUACAGGUUACACUGCCCUUGUUUGGAGAGAAGACUGAACAAAGGAAACACCUGCCCGGCAGUAGCAGCAGCGGUGAUGAGAUGGAUAAAGAGAGAGAUUUUGAACGCCUCCAAAAGGAUUUGGCCAAUUACAAGGUGCAGCUGGAAGCAAAAGACCCUGCCUACUUGCAGCUGUUACAUAAAUUGGAGCACCACCAGAAAACAGCCGAGGAACUUUCUGCUCAGCUGAAGAAUUCCGAGGUUGAGAGAGAUGUCUACUUAGAAGAAUGCAGGGAAGCUAGAUUUCGGAUCGAUGAACUUGAGGCCAAGGUAAAGGAAACGGGUGAUCAACUAUUAGAAUCUGGAAAAAUAAGGGAGCAGCUUUCACAUGUUUUAGGUGAAUUGAAGGCUGUGCAAGGAGAGCUGCUUAGUAUGGAAACAGAACUUGCUUCUGCCACAGAAGCAAAGCUCAAGGCCCUGACGCAAGCAGAACUGAUGGAAACUGCUGCCAACAUGGAAAAGGAGAGAGCUGAAGAGCUUCUAAAUCGUGUCAUCGACCUCAGUGAAGCUGCUUUUCUGUCAAAACAGGCUGCUCUUGAAGCCGAAAAAGAUAAGUGCACAGCUUUAUCUGAGAUAAAGGAGGCAGCAGAAACACAAGCUCAAGCACAAAAACAUGUGGAAGACAUGAAAACUCAACUGGAAAUUAUGCAAGAAUUGGAAAAUCAGCUAAGGGCCAAGUCUGUAUUCAUUGAUUCGCUGCAGGUGGAACUUAAUCAAGCAAAUGAACUACUUAGUUCAUCUGACAAAGUUGUUUCUGAUGUCAUAAAUGAUUUGAACCAGCUAAAGGUAGAUCUGAAAGGCAAGGAAAAAGAGAACUCUGAUCAAGCAAUUUAUAUUGGGGAAUUGGAAACUGAAAUGAAUCAGUUAAAACUAGAACUGAAGAAAACAAAUGAUGAGAUAACUCGCUUGAACUGCGAUGUUGAAAUGCUCACAGAUGAGCUGGAGAAGGUAAAAACAGAAAUGCAGGAAAUCAAGGAAAGAGAGAAUGAUGAACAGAUUGAGUUAGCAUUGCUGAAAGCUGAGCUUCAUAAAGCAAGGUCAAAACUUGCAGCAGCAGAGGCAGCUGAAACAAGACUUGGUAAUGUUAAAUCAGGGUUAUAUCUUGCAGUUCAGCAGCUAGCCAUCGAAGCAGAAGAAGUGAAGAAGGAAAAUGAAAGGUUAAAACAAGGAGCAGAUAUGGCUGCAGAAUCCGCUGACCUUGGCCUGGGACAUGAGAACUCUUCUCAGGCAGAAGAAGUUAUUCAGGCAAAUGAAUCAGGAGCAGAAGCUGGAAGGAGAAGAGGUGAGAAUGAUCAUAACAUAACAAUUUCACUAGAACAAUACGAGUCCUUGAUAAGCAAAGCUGAAAAGGUCAACCCAUCUGGAAAAGAAGACUCAAAUAGGUUAACUACAUCUGAGAACAGCAAAGAAUUGGAGACGUUGAAGAAGGAAUUGGAAGUUGCAAGUGCGAAAGUUGCAGAGUUCAGGACUCGUACAGAACAGGCUAUUACGAGGGCAGAAGCAGCAGAGAAAGCUAAAUUAGCAGUUGAAGGUCAGCUAAGGAAAUGGCGAGAACAGAAGCAGAGGAGAAAGGCUGCAUUAGCUGCACUUCGGGAGGAAUCAUUAUCCAGGGAGUUUGGUUCUUCCUCAUAUGACAACACAGUGAACACACCAACAAACUACCAGCCACUGGGUGAGGUUCUAAACAUAAAUUCUAGUCUUUGGAAGUAAAUUUUUAUAUAAAACACCAACCGUUUGAUGAUUUGCUUGUAUUAAUGGGCCUUGUAAUCUUUGAUGGAAUGGAAUGGACCGACAUUCUCGA